AUGUCAGAAGCCAAUGAAGGAUUCAGUUAUCUCAUCAGUAUAUUUCGCCAUGAUCUCUUCUUUGUUUCUGUUGUUGAAAAUGAAGUUCCACCUUUGUUUGUGAUUGAAUUUCUUCAUCAAGUGGUUGACUUAAUCAAAGAAUAUUUCUCUGACUGUACUGAAACAAUCAUUAAAGAAAAUUGUGUCAUUGUAUAUGAGUUAUUGGAAGAGAUGUUGGAUAAUGGAUUCCCUCUUGCUACAGAGUCAAAUGUACUUAAAGAGUUGAUAAGACCUCCUAGUAUAGUUAGAAAUGUUGUUAAUAAAGUGACUGGAGAUAGCAAUAUGAGCAGUCAUCUCCCAACUGGUCAAUUGUCCAAUGUUCCAUGGAGGAGAAGUGGUGUAAAACAUGCAAAUAAUGAGUUGUAA